UGAGGCUUACAUGAUUGGAGAAAUAUCGACUUUUUGCUCACAAUACUUUUUGCCUACUAUUGAAACCCGGUUGAAUCGUGAGUCGCGUAAUUUUGCCCCAGACAUUCCUAGUUAUACCAUGGUCGACUCUCGAUUAAGCAUUUUCAAAGUUCCAUCUCGAAGAUUAUUCGAAAAAAGUGGUCAACGCAGGCCUUUGACAGAUGAUGAGAUGCGUAUUGCUCAUAAUUACAUCUUGAUCAAUUGUGUUGAGGUUCUACCUUUUUUAAGGUUGUUUGAAAAUUAUGUGAUCCAAAGCCAACCUGAUAUGGAUGAUGGAGCAUUUGAAAGGUUUAGGGAUCAACAUUUUGCUAAGUGGUUUAAAGAUUAUGUGAGUAUGAUACGAGAAAAUUUUGUAUUACCAAAGUGUCUUCCCCUGUGAAUUAGUUAACAAAUGAAUUUAUCAAUGUAGGUUUUUCAACAAUCAAAUGAUAUCGAUCAACAUCUGAAAUGCCUUGCACGAGGACCAUUACGACAUGUUAGGUCCUAUAAAGGAUACUUUGUCAAUGGUUACAAGUUUCAUACUGAAAAAUAUGGUGAUGGACGGGUCACACACAAUAGUGGUGUAUGUGUAAGAGCUACUUGUUACAAUGAGAAUGAGUGUGACUAUUAUGGGUUGUUGGAUGAGGUCUUGGAAGUAGAAUAUCAAGGCAUAGGGCGUUGUGUCGUAGUAUUGUUCAAGUGUACAUGGUUUAACCCUACUGAAGGGGUACGUGUAGAUCGAAAGCAUAAUUUGGUUGAUAUUAAAUACAAAUCAAGGCUAAGAAAUGAAGAUCCGUUUAUCCUAGCGUCACAAGCAGAACAAGUGUAUUAUGCACCAUAUCCUGCAAUGAAGGAUUUGAAAGAUUGGUGGGCUGUCGUCAAGACGAAACCAAGGGGUGUAUAUGAUCUACGCCAAUGUGUUACUAAAGAAGAUGAUGAUGAGGAUGAAGAGGACCAAUUCUUUCAAGAAAGUGAAGCGACUUUACCUUCUACAAGUAGCGGUGCAAAUGAGGUGGCAGGACCCCUUUCUCAUGUAAUUGAAGGAGAAAUAGAAGAAGUUAAUGACAAUGACAUUGAGAGAGAAGAGGAUGAAGAAGUUGAUGAUAACUUGGAUGAUUCAUCUGAAGAUGAUAUUGAAGAUGAAAACAUAUGUGAUGAUAAUUCUGAUGAUGAGUAAUUACUAAAAAUGUAGAAUGAAACAAUGUAUUUGGAACUAUAUAUUUUGCCUAAUGGACCUUAUAAAUAACUUUUUAGCUAAAAUGAUCGUUUUCUUUUUCUAUAUA